CUGAUAAAUUUAGCCCGAACGCAGCAACGUCUCAAUUAGUGUUUAAUUAAAUCUUUACUAACCGAAAGUGCAUGUUAAAAUCAACCGUGUUGAUUUACGAUUAAAAAUUUGCAUACGAAACGAGUUUAAUUAUAUCAGGUCAAUUAGCAAAAUGCCAGAAGCUUUAACAGCAAAUUCAAGGAAACAAGUUUCGGCAAUUGUUGGCGAAAGUAGCUGCACUGAAAAUAAUGACAAUUCGAAUUACGUUGAAGAUGAAAUAUGGGGAUUUAGAAUUACUGGUGGUUCUGAUUUCGGUAUUCCAAUCACCGUUUUUCACGUAACUCAAGGCAGUCGUGCUAGCCAGGCGGGAAUCAAAUUGGGCGACACUAUCGUUAAGAUAAACGAUACAGACACAAAAGACAUGUCUUUGGCUGAAGCGAAUCAACGCAUUCAAGAGGCUGGAAAUGAUAUCAAACUAUCAGUACGGAGCUUUGAGGAAGACGAAAGCAAUGAAAAUGAACAACAGCACGAAAUUACCAUGGAAAAGAAGAAAGAAAACGAUCGUGCUGCACUCGAAGAAAAAUUGCGUGCAAUGAAAAUGCGCUUAGCUCAAAUUGCCGAAAUCCCUUUAAUCAUACAAUCAACGUUGGAAUCUGUGUCGAAAACAUUUGAAGGAUUUUUGCCGGCCGAACCGGAACCGGAAAUUCAACAAGAUCCGAUUGAAGGCGACGAUGCCAUUUCGGUUGACAGUUUGGAUGAUAGGGAAGUCAAUCAAGACUUUGAAGAUGAUGCCAUUCGCAGCGAACUAUCACUGACAAUGAGCGAAUAUUCGAAAUCCGAUGAACGAGCUAAAGAAGAUGAUUAUCCGGAAUCGGAACAUGAACCGACACCCGAAGUUGAACCGACGGAAGAGCAAAUAUUGAAAAUGGAAAAACAAGUCAAAAUGCAAGAAUUGGAGCGAUCAUGGCCGUGGGGCGAUCAGCAGAAGAAAGUUUACAAGCGAUCAAACUAUCAAAUAACACCGGGCUCUUCGUUGAUCCAAAACAGAAUCAAACAACUUAACGAACAACAGUUGAUAUCCUUUUACAAAAACGAUCAUCGUAUCGAUUAAAAGCUAAGUCUUGGACUCACACGACGUUAGAAACAAUGUUUGGCACUAGUUUUAGUGUUUUAGGAAACUAUAUAGAUUUUUUUAUAUUACUAUUUACAUUUUCAAUGAAUAGAAUAUAGUGAGCGAAGAGUUUAACCAUA